CAAUCUUCCCUUGAGGCAGCCCCCCCUCGCGCAUUACGCCUCGCUGCGGAUUGCACGACGUGUUAAAAAAUUGCCCUCUUCGCCCGAGGCGUCUCGGAUCGCUCGCACAAAAGCGCGGCCCCCGAUUGCACGGCCAAAGUUGGAUGCGGACGUGGUGCUGGCGCGGCCCUUUUGAUGAAAGGGCUUAGUCUGGAGAGUCGCACCAAUCUGCCAUUCUCGACCCGCUACCGCGUAUCGCGACGAGGCGCGGCGAGCAUCACCAUCGGGACCCCGACGCCCAAGACAGACUAUGGCACAGCCGACCGCCGCGCUCGAGCCAAACGGCGUGUCCACGCCAGGCAGCGACUCCAACGAACACCUCGCGGUUCCCGCCAAGCGAAAACGCGACGUGUCUGACGAUGGCAUCGACGUCAAGGGCGACCCUGUCGACCAGAAGCCUGAUGCAUCGCACCUGUGGGCUGCUGGCAGCCGAAAGGACCUGAUAGAAUCGUACUAUGCGGUAUUGAAGAGCCUCGAGGUCGGGCCAUCUAUCCUCAAGCGCCCGCUAUCCGACCCUCAGCCCGAAGAUGAGCCCGAGACGAAGCGACAAAAGUCAGCCGAGCCCCCGACGCUGUCGACUAUUUCAGAUAAAGUGGCGUCCGCCAAGUACGCUCACAUCGAGGACAUGGCCAGCGACGUGCUCGCCGCGGUGAAAUCGGCAUUGUCGGAGCUCGAACUCGGGUCCCCCGGCGGUCCCACAAAGGCAGCAAAAGAACAGACCGCGGCCCAGAUUCGUGGCUUUAAGAGCAAGGCCCUGGAGCUGCUCAAUCGCGAGAGGGCGUACCCGAAAACGGCGGCAGCCUUCGGCCCCGGCGACGACGACGCACAAGCCGCGUCCGACAGAGGCGAUGCUGUGCUGUCCGUCAUCGGCUACGCCCCCCAAGAGCGGCGGCUGUUUUCGAGCCUGCCGCUCUCGCACAACGUUGAUCUGUCCAGCUUCAGCCUCCCGCCUGGUGUCUCCUUAUCACGCGUCAUGCCGUCCAGCCCUCAGAGCAGGGUGCAAACGCUUGGCGAGUUAUUUGCUCCUCCACGACCGUUGCCACCGCUGCAGCCCCCGAAGCAACCCAAGACACAAGCCAAGGGCAACGUGCUCGACUUUUACCACCCCGAGCUGACGGAUACGUCCAAGUACCGGACCAACUGCUACUACACGACAAAGCUCACUGCCGGCUACUACCUAGACUACAGCAAUGCCACUCCUUCGUCCCAGACCAAGACGAAACAGCGAGAGCGCGCGCAGAGCUUGGCAGGGAAGAAGCCCACUGCAUCGGAGCUUGAGUUUUCGGAGAUGGAGGCCCUGUUUCGUGGCGCAUUCUCGAGCUUCGCGCCAUGCAAAGACGACAGUGCCGCUGUAGUGCCGUCAAGUGUCGCAGGUCGCAUGUGGUGGCAAAAGGUUGGGCAGCGCAACCUUCAGCGAAUGGUCGAGGUUGAGUACUACGGCGGUGCGGAGAAUUCGCGGGAAGAUGAGCCAGCCGAGCUCGAUGAAACCGCAGUGCAGGAGGCAAUCGAUGAGUGGGAUGACUCGAUCGUCGACCCAUCCCUUGAUGAUAUUAUGGGCACCAAGAAGGACGACCGCGAGAAGGAGGUGGACGACGUGCUCGACGAAGUCAGCGACUUGAUUGAGACGCUGGCGUCGUACCAGCGUAUUCGCAACCUCACGCUGCCGAACUCGCAAAACCGCCCGUCCAGCGACCCCGUCACAGGCGACAUGCUGGCCACGGCUGGUCCACAGCCUUCCGAGGCGGAGCAGGCGACGUACCAGGCGCUCAAGGCUCAACUCGCGCUCAUCAUCAAGACGCUGCCGCCGUAUGCAGUGGCCAAGCUGAAUGGCGACCAGCUCGACGACCUGCUCAUCAGCACAAAGGUCCAGGUGCAGACGGACCAGUACCACGGGGUCAUGGAAGAAGAUCAAGCCGGAGUACAGGCACGCCUGCGGGCGCAGCAGCAGGCCCACCAACAGGCCCAGCAGCAAGCACAGGCCCAGCAGCAGCAGCAGGCCCAGCAGCAGGCGGCACAGGUCAAUGCUCGGCCGCCCGGGCAGCGGACGCCGAGCAUCUCGACGCCAUACGGCCAGCAGUAUCACCAAGGACCGAACCAAUACGGGACGCCGACGCGGCCGCCGGUGCAUCCGCAGCAGUACUAUCGCCCCGGGCCGGCGCCGCCUAACUUCCAGCAGCCGCGCAACAUCGCGCCGCCGCCGUCUGCACACCAGCCUCGACCGCCGCAGCCAAACCAGUAUAGCCGGCCGAACGGGUUCCCGAACCAGUACGCCACGCAGCUCGCGAAAGCCCAGACGCCGUACGGCCACCAGAACAUGCCGCAGUAUGCGAACCAACCGCGACCGCAGUACGCGCAGAUGCAGAUGCAGCCGCAACCCCCACAUCCGCAGCACCCACAGCAAGGCACGCCGAACGCGCGGUUCGCAGGGUAUCCCCAAGGCUACCAGCACCAGCAAGGAACGCCGGGGCAGCCCGGCUACGGAGCGUACACAAACGGAGGGGCAAUGCCGCCACGAACCAUGUCGCCACAGGUGCCACCGCACCAGCAGCGUCCGCAGUUCAGCCCAUCGCCGACUAUGCAGCAGCAGCAGCAGCAGCAGCAGCAGCAACAGCCACGGUACGGGACACCCGUUCAGGGGCAGACACCCAUGAACCGGUACCCAAGCAACAGCGCAGGACAGCACAUGGGGCAGCCGCAGCAGAUGCAGCAGCCCGGGUUGACGGGCUACCACACGGUGAUCCCAGAGGCGCAGCAGCAGCGGAUUCUGGACCAGGCAAAGGCACGGGUGGCGGCACAGGAGCGGUCUGCAAUGUUCGCGGACAAGGUGGUGCAGCCGGGCACGCCGGGAAUGGGAUACGGCAGCCCGGGGAUGAUGGCGGCGCGGCCUAACCAGCAGAAGCCGCAGACACCGCUUGGGCAACGCGGACCUAACGGGACACCAGCUUCGGCGUUUGUGCCGCCGCAAAAGGUGACACCGGUUCCGGUGCCCGUGAUUCCCGGCGCACAGCCUCAACAACAGCAGCAGCCGCCGGCGCAACUGCAGCAGCAGCAGCAGCAGGCGGCACAGGAUUCGUGAUGGAGGGAGAGUCGAAGGUUGGGUAAUGAGGAUUUGAAAAGCGGCCCAGGCCGUGUGCGUUUGAGAGCAAUUUUAUUAUGGGUCCACGUAGAAAGGGCUGGACGAAAUGACUUUGGGCGGCGUGUACUUUAGGACGGGCGUUGGGGGUGAGAACUCGACCCGGGUAGAGCCGCAUGGGGCUUUUUUUACUGUAGCUGGUAGUGUACGUUACGAAGCAAUUCAGGACACGGAUUUCGGGC